AUGUCGGCCCCCGCCACCCAUACGGAUCCCUCGAUUUGGCAUGCCACUGCCGGCGCUGCCGUCGAAAUCCCUACUGUCAAUUCCCGCGUCUACUACUUCCCACAAGGUCACCUGGAACACUCCUUCCCCGUCAAAAACAACAAUAUUUUGCUCAAAACCCAUUUGAUUUCCUGCCAAGUCCUCGCCGUUUCGUUACUUUCCGACGCUUCCUUUGACCAACCAUUCGCCAAACUCCGUCUCCUUCCCCUCCAGUCACGUGGGCAGCACGUGAUUACAGAGAAUGUUGAGAAAAGGGAAAUGGACGAAAGCGACGUGGUUUCGUUCGCGAAGAUUUUGACGCCGUCAGAUGCGAAUAACGGCGGGGGAUUCUCUGUUCCCAGAUUCUGCGCCGACUUGAUUUUUCCCCGGCUCGAUUUCUCGGCCGAACCGCCGGUUCAGAAUCUUGUUAUAAAUGACAGCCAGAACAAUGCAUGGGAGUUUCGGCACAUUUACCGAGGCACGCCGCGCCGCCAUUUGCUCACCACCGGCUGGAGCCGGUUCGUCAACAGCAAGCGGCUCGUUGCGGGAGAUACGGUGGUUUUUAUGCGGAAAACAUCGACCGGCGAAUUGUUUGUCGGGAUUAGGCGCGCGGUUCGGGAGAUUGUUAGCGUUUGGAGCUGUCCAGUGGCUAUGGAAAACUCGACAGUGAAAAAUGAGUACGGUAAUAAUUACAAUGUUGGUGAUGGGAAGGAGAGAGAGGUAAUAGAGGCAAUUGAGACGGCAGAGAAGGGGAUGGCGUUUGAGGUGGUGUAUUAUCCGAGAACGGGUAUUCCAGAUUUUGUAGUGAGCGCGGAGAAAGUGGAGGAUUCGCUUAGUUUCUGCUGGAGCGCAGGCAUGCGUGUCAAGAUGGCUGUGGAGACGGAGGAUUCCUCACGCACGACUUGGUUCCAGGGCACUAUUUUGUCCACGACUUCCUCCAGUGGGGUGCCGGGGGGCGAUUCUCCCUGGCGCAUGCUUGAGGUGAUGUGGGAUGAACAUCAAGUUCUGCAGAAUGUGAAGACAGUAAGCCCCUGGCAAGUUGAACUUGUUCUUCCCACACCACAGUUUCAUUCUGCACUUCCCCCUCUGAAAAAAUUCAAAGUCCAGCAAGCUUCAGGGAAGCUACCCGAUGGAGAGGGAGAGCUCUUCAGCCCUACUACAGAGUCAACUGACUUGAUGAUUGGACAAUUGAACUCAUCAACGUUCAGUUAUAAUUCAUAUCCUGCUGGCAUGCAGGGAGCCAGGCUAGAUCAGUUUUGUGCAUCCACUUUAUCUAACUCCCACAGUGAUAAUUCGCAUCAAAUGUCCACUAAUUUCAUGAAGAAUGGCACACAACCUGAGCUGAAAAUCUCCACAGAACUAAAUAUCGGAAGUUCGCGAGUGGAUAAUUUAUCACCUGAUAGUCAGAGCAGUGUGAACUUAUCUUCCACUGAGUUAGUUGGAAAACAGGGAUCUGUUUCUUCAAUCCAGUUGUUUGGAAAGAUCAUUUCUACAGUACAGCCUGUCGAAGAUUGUCCUGACAACAAUGUUAAUUGUGCUGAAGGUGAAAGAAAUGCCGUGUACUGUGAGAGUGAUGCUGUUAUUGACAAGCAAGAUCCUUCUUCUACAGACUCUAGUUCAGAAGAUGUUCUAUAUGAAUUAGUUGUUCUUGCUGACAAUUAA